AUGGAUAAACUCAAGACGAAGGCGCGUUCAGCACGCAAUGUCCUGGCGGAACGAACGUCACGAGGCACUGGCAGCGGCUCACUCUCCGUUCCCCAUUCCAGCCUGGCCCCGGAGGAUAAUGCAUCCACGACCGCCGUUAACGAAGGCUAUCUGGGGCCACAGCCGGGAACUGCGGCACGCGAUUUUGCAGCUCUUGACCCGCAAGCUCUAGUGCCAGAGCCACCGACUUCGUUGCAAUCCUCCGUAGACGCGGGAAAGCCGGUGCCAGUUCCGUCAAGUUCUGGUUCUACUUCGAGACUGCAAGUGCCCGGCAUGGGAAGCAGCCCCCCCUCCAGCAGCAGACAGUCGCAAACUCAACCUCGCCGGCCGUCGGUUGGAGCACGACAACCCAGUAUUGGCAUCAGGCGAAUGCCCUCAUCACAAGCACUACGACAAGCUGCUGCAGGUCAUAAUGGAGGUUCCAACCUCCAACUCACCCAAACAUGUUCGCGAUUACCGGCCCUAGAAGAGGAAUGCGCGCAAGAUGAUAUUUCAUCAAGCUCCUCAGACACCUCCACAACCCAGGGGGAACAGCCGAGUCGGUUAAGGAGAGCUAGCUUUGCUCUCAGAUCGAAGUUCGGAUCUAAGAAAGAGAAACAAAAAGACGGGGAGGCUGGCAAAGUUCCUGAAACUCAAGCUCAAGCCGACGAGUCAAGGGAAUAUGCUUCGAACAUGGUUGACGUAUUGGAUACCAUAGAUCCUGAAGUCCAAACCCUAACUUCUUUAACAAACGUCCAGAAUUCUCUCUUCAUCCCAAAUCUUGGUCGAUGGGUGAAUCGACGCCCUACAUAUGUACUGCGACAAAGUCCGAGCGAAACCGCUAGUUUGCAGGAGAUAAACUCAGUCUUGGCGACCGCCCGUCAAGAGGAGGAGAAACAGGGAGGAGCUCCUAAGCUGGAGCGAAGUCAGACAGGCACGACUGUGGCGACUAUGGCGACUCUGGCUACAAUCGACUCGAGAUUGAGCGAUUCGCGCUUUGCGGUACUUCCGCAUGGUACAUCACUGGAGGGCUGGAGCAAGGAGGACAAAGCAGAGCUAAAUGACCAUGUGAGGCAUAUGCUACACUCUAAGCGAUCAAAGUUCAAGCGCUCCAUGAAAGGGUUUGGACAAUAUGUCCGACGGCCGCUCGGUUUUUUGGUCACAUUAUAUGCCACGCUUAUUACCCUUUUUGGCCUGGCCUGGGUCCUCUUUUUGAUUGGCUGGAUCAACGUCGGAGGAAGGCAACUCUACAUCAUCAACGUUAUCGAUAAUAUUAUGGUCGCACUCUUCGCUGUCGUCGGGGAUGGCCUUGCUCCUUUCCGCGCUGUCGACACGUACCAUAUGAUUUACAUCGCUCACUACCAUCACUACACCUGGUCACGGCGGAAGAAGGAGAUGCUCCCAGAGCUCCAUGACCACAACGAUCUACCAGCAUCAAAUGCUCCGAUCGCUGUGCCUACAGAUUCGGCCGACGUGGAAAAGCAAUGGGAGUUUACUGUUCUAACUCCAAAACAGCAAGCCAAGCUUGAGCACCACCAGGAGAAGUUCAGCAAAUCGCAUUCCUUCUACAAGCCACAUGAGACGGAAACACACCACGCUUUCCCUCUCCGCCUCCUUAUAGCCAUCGUAGUGCUUCUAGACUGCCACUCCCUGUUCCAAAUUGCACUCGGCACAUGCACAUGGGCAAUAUAUUAUAAAGAUCGACCAUUCGCCUUGACCACGGUUAUCCUUUGCUGCUCAAUUACUUGCAACGCAACUGGUGGCUUGUUGAUUUGGAUUGGUGAUAAGAAGACGAGGAAGAAGGAUGUCAUGGAACGGAUGAAUAGGCAAGAGCUAACGGAGGAGGCUAUGCACAAAGUGGAAAAGAAACGAGAGCGAGAGAGUGAGAGCGAAAGGGAAGACGAGGAUGGUAUUUCGAAGGUGAAAGAGGGAAGGCACUCCCUAACGCUAUCAAGAAAGCAUCACCCAAAGAAGGAUGAACAGAGCGCGUAUCCAUAG